GAUAUUUUCCCGCCAAAAAAACUGGAUCAGGCUUCCGUCUUCGUUUCUUCAAAUUUUUACUAUUUACAAAGUGAUUUAAUCCACGAAAGCCCAUCAACGAGUAUCAUUUUGGACAGAAUGUGAUAAACAUUAAAACUGGAAAUUAUUUGGUGAACUUUGGACCAGAGAAAACUCAUGAUAAUCAACUCAGGAUAAUCCAAUAUGGCGGAUGCGAAUUAACUGCUAACUUAUCGUCAAUUUCAAGCGUUGGAAAAUGGCGAGUGGUGAAGAUCGCGUUCUGAGAUUUAUUAGCAUUGAUAACACGAGGGACAGUAAUCUUCGGCGGGCUUCGGAAGCUUGCAAAAAAUACAAACUAGAUACCGAAUGGAUUUCUUCGGGUGAUUUAAAAAAUCUAGAUUUGAAGCCGAAGAAAUCCGUUUUUGUUUUAGAACGUUUUGAAGGCGAAGAUUUCGAGUUGUUAAAGGAGAAUGCUUGCAGUAUUGUUGGACCGCAAUGCCUUUUAUCUUGUCUGAAAACCGAAACUGCUCUACCAAAUUUACAGUAUCCGGUGUACUCUGUGGCCAUGCGUGGUACUGUUGUAACAUGCACAAGUGUCCCAAGACAGGAAAGGGAUCAACUUUAUGAUCUUAUUAAGCUCAUGGGAGGAACUGUGUCAAAGGAUUUUACCAAUUCAGUGACUCAUCUUGUGGCUGGUGAAGUAGGCUCACAGAAAUACCGUGUUGCCUGCAAUGUAAACAAACCAAUCUUAUUGCCUGAGUGGGUUUACACUUGCUGGGAUAUGUGUCGUAAUGACCACAUAUGUGCAACAGAUGAAGAAUUCAUGAAGUUGAGAUGUCCAACGUUUAAAGGUAUCACUCUCUGUGUGACAGGGAUUGAGGCAGACAGACGCAAAGAAAUCAAACGACUUGUUACAGACCAUGGCGGAACAUAUUCUGGGGAACUGAACAUGAACACCUGCACACACCUUCUUGUUGACACACCAAAAGGAGAAAAGUAUGAGUUUGCAAGACGAUGGAAUCUACACUGUGUUUGUACACAGUGGUUCUAUGACUCAGUUAAGUCAGGUUUCUGUCUUGAUGAGUCAGACUUUUACACUCUUCCUGAUGAUGAAAACAACAGUUCUCAAGCUGGGCGAAGAGUAUCUUAUGGUUUAAUUAAAGGUAACAGUGCUGUUUCUUCUAAAACCAACACUGACAAGGAAAUUGCCAAUAAGGCUGCUGAAGCAGCAUACAAGAGUGCUCAGAAACAUGGAGAUAACGACCUCUUAAGUAGUUCUGGGAAUAAAAAAUCAUUGUCAAAUCAAUCAAAACGGUUUGAUAAUGUCUCUAGACUAGGAGAAACACGUUUAGAUGACACACAAAGCUCAGACUUUGAUGUACGGCUCCAACCUGGUAACAUGUUUUUGGAUGGAUGCAAGAUUUAUCUAAGUGGAUUUAGUGGUCAUAAACUGGAGAAGCUAAGGAAGAUUAUUAACUGUGGAGGAGGGACCAGGUUUAACCAGAUCAAUGAGAUUGUAUCUCAUGUUGUUAUUGGAGACAGAAUUGAUACAGACCUUGAUUUGUUGAGGAACUGUGAUUUCCAGGGGUUUGUUGUCACUGUUCAGUGGAUUUUGGAUUCUGCAAGAGAAGGAAAAAAGUUGUCCGAAGAAGGCAAGUACUGGACAGAUUUCCCUUUUUUAACCCAUAGCAUUUUGCAGUGCCUUACAUGCAUUCUGAUCACAGUCUCCCCCUUCAUCACAUUAUUAAGUUGUGUUGUCUUAACACUGCAGGGUUUAAAAUAAUGACAGGUCAAAGGAGAGUUUUCGGCCAAGGUGACCAUUUUUCUGAAAAAAAUUUUCAGGUGGCUUGUGAUUUUUACUGGUCAGGUACAUGGCUUUCAAAUAAAUAGCUCUAAAAAUAAAACAGCAAAUUACAAAAACAUGGUUAUAUCUUUUGAAAAUAUUUUAGCUGCUGGCAAUCACAAAAUUUGGAGAAUACAGUACAUGUACUGUUUUUGUCGUGUCACUGUUCUUCAAGAUUCAUUAAUUAAUUCUCAGUUUCUCAGUAUUCUAACAGUUCAAGAUAAUUAGCAUUCACGCGUUGAAAGCAGCUCGCCUCUUUCACUUCUACAUUUCGAGGAUUAAUACUGUGAUUUACAAAAUGAUUCGUUGAAAAGGUAAAACCCAAAUAUUCUUAUGAGAAAUUCGCUCAAAAGAUGAAAAACCUCUUAGAAAAAACUAUUUACACUAGCAUGAAUUAUCUCCGGGUCUUCGUUUCUAAAUCUGAAUUCUUCUGUUCAUGUCCACUGCUACAAUCUUGGACAAAACUGUUGAGAAAAUGUCACAUUCUCAGACCAUUUUUCCUAACAUUCUCGCUAUACCGCCUCCUCCCUUCCCCCCUCCCCUUGGAAGCAAUGUUGUUGUGUGUUCUAAAGCAACCCUGAUCCUUAAACAUUUGUAGGAAACAACAUUGACCUGGGGGAAGGGGAAUUUGGUACCGCAAAUCAGUUGUUUUUGAAAUAGUGUUGUUGCGUUACAUAGUGUGCAUGGAGGGGUAAAAAUUCUCAAGUAGUUUUGUCCGGGAUUGUAGCUCAAACUGAAUUUUUGAGCUAUUUUGAAAAAAUAGCUCAUAUGUCAGUGGUGUGAGCAUAUGUAUCUUUGUGGCUUUGUAUCUUUGUAUGUUGGGAUGUUUGUUGCAAGAGCCAAUAAGGUUGAAGGUACUAUGAGUUGAUGCUUAGGAACCAAUGAGAUCUUGGCUUCUAUUUAAACAUGGCAUUGGUAAAGGUCGAACAAGGGCACUUUGAGACCGCCAUCUUGAUUUUUCACAAUUUUUUCGUCUUUUAUUACGGCUACAGGUGUGUUGUAUUAAAUAUCUUCAUGAUUCAAACACUGUGUACAGUGAUGCAGCUGUUUAAGGGUUCAUAUUUUAGUAUGGAUGCUGUUUUAAGGCAUUUCUGACCUAAUUCGGCUAUCGGUACAACGCACGUCAGUAUGAGUCCUGUUUCACCUGCUACAACUGGGUAGAGUAUAAAAGAUCAUAUAUUUUCAAAGCUCUUCCAAUGAAGCAGUAAUUGAUAUUUAGAUAUAGACUUUAAUUCGAAAGUAUGCGCCCUAUAAAAUGUGGUUUUAGAAGGUUAAAAAGGCAGCUUAUUUUUGUGAAAGCUGUACUGAGUAUUGUUAAUCCUGUAAACAAGCUUUAAAAAUAUUAUUCUCUCGCUUACAAAGUUCAACAGACCUUUUUCGUUCUGGCAAAACGAAAAAAAAAGAAUAAUAAGUGAACAACAUGAUACAUCCUUCCUGCAUACUAAGUAUUAUAGUUUCUGAAACGUAUUUUAUUUAGUAAAGAUGCGUAACUUAAGUAGAAACAGUAGCGUUGGGGAAUAAAAUUGGAAGAGGCUAGUUGACACAAUAAUUAGAUACUGUUGUAUUAAGUGGAGUAACAUGAUACAAGUACAAAUAUAAUUUCAGCAGUUUGAUAAUUUUCUUGGAAGUUAAUAAAUGUUAGGCUAUCAACCUUGACGUUGCAUGAAACAUAAUUUAAUUGCAGAUGUUGUAAUAAAGCCGAGGUGAUUUCUUAAAAUCACAAAAUUUUGUAGUAAAACAAUUUGCCUUUUUUUUUUACGUACGGAUGGUAAAAGGGCCAAAGACCAACAUCUUCAGAUGCAAAUUGUGUGCAUGAGUUAUUUUUAUAAUUCUGUUUACUAGAUUACUGUGUGAUAACUCGAACUCCCUCACGUACGAACCACAAAAGGGGCAAAGUCCAACAUUUUCACGUGCCAGCUGUGUGACUGUACAUCUCAUGCAGAUUGGCUUUUCACAAUAAUAAUAGUAACUUGGACAUAUGAAGACCUGUUUCGUUUAGUAACUAAUGCCCUAAAAAAGGCUCUUGUCUUUUAAGAAGCAAUAGCUUCUAAAACAUGAAGAAAUAAGUUGUCGGAGUUAAAGACUGUCUCACAAAUGUUAAUAAAUGUUAGGUUAUCAACCUUGACGUUGCAUGAAACAUAAUUUAAUUGCAGAUGUUGUAAUGAAGCCAAGGUGAUUUCUUAAAAUCGCUUGAGAAAAUUUUGUAGUAAACAAUUUGCCUUUUUUUUUUACGUAUGAAUUGUAAAAAGGCCAAAGACCAACAUCUUCACAUGCAAAUUUUGUGCAAGGGUUAUUUUUAUAAUUCUGUUUACUAGUUUACUGUGUGAUAACUCGAAUUCCCUCACGUACGAACCACGAAAGGGGGCAAAGUCCAACACUUUCACGUGCCAGGUGUCUGACUGUACAUCUCAUGCAGAUUGGCUUUUCACAAUGAUAAAUAGUAACUUGGAUGUAUGAAGACCUGUUUCGUUUUGUAACUAAUGCCUUAAAAAAGGCUCUUGUCUUUUAAGAAGCAAUAGCUUUUAAAACAUAAAGAAAUAACUUGUCAGAGUUAAAGACUGUUUCACUGAGUAGAAUCGCAUGUGAAAACCUCGUGAAUUAUGAUGAUGCAACCAUCUACCUCAAUGACAAAAAUCCUGGUAUUUUGUAACUAUUCAGUAUUCAAUGAGUCACAUUUUGGCUUAAGAAACUCUGAGGAAACCCUAGAGUUUUUCUUCUAAUCAAUGUUUGGUGAGUAGAAAUUUAUUUUACUUUAACAAUUCGUUUAACUUGCACCAGAUGUAACAGGGAAAGACAGAGGAAAGUGAAUAUAUAGGUAGAGGAUCGACUCAGCUGAGCGUUUCGUGUUUUCAUUUAUGUAGCGCGAUACCCAAUUUUGCACAACAACCCAAAUCUACAUUUAGGAUGAAAAAGGUAGAUUCAUCACUCUUGGUAAGGUUACACUGAAGUAUUAAAGUUACACUAAAGCAUUCAAAAUAGCUCAUGCACGUUUAACAUGCCUAUGUUUAAAUUAGCGCUAAAAUGCCUUUAGGGAAUUUAGGGGACGCAUCGCUAACGGCAACAGAUUUAAUUUAUAACGUGUACACUGAGUAGAGUUGGCUACAUUCUGCGUCUUUGUGAAUGCCACUCAGCAAAAAUAUUACUAUUUCUCUGAAGAAGAAAAAAUUCCAUAUUUUUACCAGUCAAAAGUAAGCCAGGGCCAAUCUAAAAUUUGUUUGGCCAGUCAACAUGAUGAGCUACUGUCCAAAAAGUAUUUUAAGUAUGAGACUGAUUUGAUUAUCAUCUGAAAAUUAUGCAUUAAUGUCUUUCACCAAAAUAUUAAUGCUUCAACAAGCCGUGACUUUUAGUGCAGACAUUCCGGAGGAAAACAUUUUGUUGUUGCAAAAGUUAAGACAUCUCUAACCUCUUCAUAAUUAGUACAAAUUAAUUGAGACCCUGGGUACAAUCUACCUGUGAACAAAAGUGAUGUUUUACUUCACCCCAUGGCAGUAAACAUGUAGCAGAUUGUGAUGUACAUAUGCCCCUCAUUUCCAAUGAGGACCCCAGAAUUUGAACCCUCUGAGGAAUCACUGAUUAGCACACAAGGGUCCAAUGAUUUUGAGCUACAAAAACAGAGGUAUUGAUUACGGUCAGGCUCAGCAUCCUUCAAGAACUGGUAAUUUCGCCAGAACCAAUGUUUAACUGUCUUUUGCAGAUUAUCUCUGUUCUGAUGGGAUUCAACAUCAGGAGCUUUCUCCUUCUUGCAAGGAAAAUGAAGAUCCAGAGGAAAAGCUUUUAAAAACGUCAACAAAAAAGGUGGCACCAUUACAGAAACUUUCUGAUAAUAAACAAGAUAGUAAGAUAAUGCAUGAGGAUGAUGCAUUUGAAGAUGAUGAUGUGUUCCAACAAUACUUGCCACACAAUAUGGACUCUACUGAGAAUAAUAAUCAUGGCACAGAGCAACAAGUCCACCUGCAGAGUGAUGGCGGCCAGGGCAAAGGUAAGUUUAAUUCAACCUGAGAUUAUUUUAUUCAUGAAGGAAAACAGAAAAGAUACAUCUGACAAGCUCUUUGAUGUUAAGUCGUUAGUUUGUACAAGUCUUACAGAUGGAGAAAUACAUCACAGAUGUGACCAAUCAGAAUGUGCCAUGGACUGUGUUUGAUUUCCCUUCAACUAAAUAGAUAUAUUGAUAUACAUAUUAAUUUUUUGUAAUGCUUAAGUAGUCAUAAUGUGAAAUAGAUUGUCCUAUUUAAAAGUUGUAAGAAAUAUCAAUUAUUAGAGACAAAUUCUCCACAAAUGCACAUAAUUUGUUGGAGAACAACUUGCCAAAUGCCCGGGGAGAUCAGAUUUUUGUUGGUCAAGUUAAAUGCCAGUUAAAAUUUUUUCACCAACUCAGUUGAUUCGCUCCUCCUAUUGAUAAUAAGGGCAAUGAGACAAAUGAAAUUGAGAAUCAAAAUAGCUUACAAAAUGUUAACCUGAAUUUAAUUUUGAUGUAUAACAUAUACAGCGUAUGUUACAGGUCAGAAUUAAUUAUAUUCUGGUUAAAAUUCUUUAACCUGGGAAGGUUGAUUCUUAAUUCUCUUUGUUUCCUAGCUCUAAUUUAUGAAUAAUCGGUGCCAGGCAAUGAAGAUGUAUAAGUCACAGUCUUUUUUGUCUGUCUUGUGUAAAGGACCGUUUUUCAAUACAGACUAGUGGGAAACUUGUUUGGUGCACUGUAAAGCUGAACUAGUCCCUUAAACAUGACUUCUGGGAUCUCUGGGCUCCUUCUGAUUCUUCAAAAAGCACAGCCUUGAUGUCUAGUACUUUGACCUGAUGUGACCUGAAAAGUAUAUUUUACGACCAUUUUUUUGGUUCCACUCAGAUCAUCCUAUUACUAGUACAGAUCCUGAUGCCACACUUGAUGAAGGUGAUGAACCACAACAGGAUGGUGGUUUACUGGAGGGUAGAAGCUUUAUAGUGGUUGGGUUUGAUGAACAUAUAGAGCGCCUUUGGCAAAUCAUAGAAAGCAAUGGUGGAAAGCGAGCCAGUGAGAGGCAAACGGCAGACUUUGCUAUUUUCCCUAUGAAUACAGUUCCUGAAGGUAGAAUACAAGCCAAACAAUUGGUAAGACAAUUUUUUCUAUUUGCUCCAUUAGGACUGUUUUUGUGAUUGAUAAUUAUUAUGUGAAAUUGGGCCUUUUUGCAUGAACCCACUCUGUUUCAAUGUACUAGUGUCAGCAGUACUUGGGUUGAAUAAAGAAUGAUCAAUGGAAGUAAAGGAACCUCAGAUUGAGUCCAUGACAUGACAUUGGUUGGUUCGUGCUUUUUCAGUGUUCCAAUAUUCUCCUGCAGUGUAUUGUUGUUAUUUUAGUGUGCUUCAGUAUAAGUUUGAAUUUUAAUAUUUACUUUCCUCACCUCAUUAUUAGAAGUUUGAAAGAUUAAAAAUAAAGUUGAAGUAGAACCUAACUCUUGUUUUAGAAGCUGUAUGGAUGUAAUGCACUAGUGCCAGUCAAAGUUGCUGCGCUUCAGCUGGUAAAAUAAUUUGAUGUCUCUUUUCUUAUGCUGUAGGCAACAUUCUGUUGGUUAGAACAGAGUAUAGAAUGUGGCCACCUUUUAGAACUAGAUAAUAGCUUCUUAUUCAAGCCCUUCAGUAUUCCCAAGGGAUGUCAGCCACUCAAGGGAUGUGUGCUGUCGAUCAGCCAGUACACAGGAAUGAAGAGGGAUCACAUGUAUCAGCUGGCUGAGCUGCUAGGUUUGUUUAAUUAAAAAUAAUAAUAAAUGAAUGAUUAAUGAUUUUAUGGUAGCACUUCUACUUAGUAGUUCUUCGUCUAUGUAAUUCCUGGCUGCAUUGGAAUUUGGAAAUGUUGGUUUUUGAAAAGAGGGGAAAGCCUGAGUGUCCAAGGAAGACCUCGUGUAGAAAAGGAGACAUACAGCAGCAAAUUCAACCCAUACAUGUAUAUAUGUGGCAUUAAUGUUACUGGUCAAAUUUGAUUUCUGGUUAACUUUGAUUUGACCUAGGUUGAUUCUCAAUUUCCUUUGUCUCCUAGCCCUAAUUCAUGAAUAAUAAAGUUUAGGAGGCAAAAAAUUUAAAGUCAAUGUUAUUUUGACCUGUAGCAUAGGUGUUCUUGGAUUUAAACAUCAACUUGAUUGGCAUUGUAAAUACCCUCUGAUGCCUCAGCAAAUAAUUCUUUGUGCUCUUUUGGGAGCAAAUUUAUUUUGAAUUCAGAUCAAUGAUGUCUACAAACAAAAUGUAUUGAACAAUGGAUUGUCAUUUUAAUCAGGUGCCAGCUGUCAAGAAUACUUUGUUCGUAAAGCAAGUCGGAACUACCAAGCGAGCACUCACCUGCUAUGCCAAACUCCUGAUGGCAAAAAAUACUCAGCAGCAGUGAAAUGGAACUUGCCUGUUGUUAGUCAGCAAUGGCUAUUUGCCUGUGCCGUGAGAGGAACUUUGGUUUCUGUUAGUGAAUUCCCAGUUAGCAAAGACCACGUAAGCAUUCCUAGUAAAGCUGAUGCUAACCCAGUGGAGCGAAUGACUGAAGAUAGGUCAAGUUCUAAAGAAAGCACCAAGGAUGACAAUGAAAGAACUGCACAAGAGGAGGUUCGUUUGGAAACAGAUGAUGUGCUCUCCACUGAAUUUCCUGCUUUGCCACACAAAAAAGAAACUACAAAUGCUGCUAAACCCAUUGCUGAUGGUAGCAGUGCUUUGAAACAGCCAAUCAAGAGACCAUCCAUUUACAGUCGUCCAUUUAGACCAUCAUUUGAUUUGGCUGAUGUAAUGGAGGAACUGCAAUCUCCAGCAUGUGCCAGUCUAAGAAGUAGGAAGAGUCGUGGUAGCAGAAAUAGUUUCCCUCUGGAUGAUUUUUUUGCUGAGAACAUCAAGCAGACCCUCCAAAAAUUUGGGACUGUUGCUCCUCCUACAAGAGAAGGUGAAGAUGAUGGAGCUUGGACAGCAUAUGAUGAACAGCAAGGAGAAAAGGUAAAUUUUAGGUCACAGCUUAUUUGGUUUACUGAACUUUUAAGGUUACAAGAUUACUUGUUAUUGUUGCCUGCCAUCUUGAAUCCCUUCCCUAAUUGAACUUCACUGAACUUUAUUGAAAUUUGCCACAGUGACUGAACAUGGAGGUAGGGGACAAAACAUGACUUACUUCCCACUUAAAAUCAACCCCUUCAUUACCCACCCAGCAAGGUUUUAGCCAGAAGGGUGUCCAGCCAUCCUACAAAUGCCCAUUUUUGAAAGAAAUAAAAGGAAAAUUCACUUAAUCUCUUAUAAUUUUAUGGGAAAACAUGCCUUCUGGAUGGCUAGUUUUCAAAGUCUGGCUAAAAGCCUGCCACCCAGACCAUUAAAGGUUGUCCCACACCACCAGGAUCUAUGCCCCCAACUCUUAACAAACAGCAGUGUGGAUUAUUUCAUGUCACAAGGAUCAACAGUGAAAGAGCUGUGGGACGGGUCCCACAGUUUUUUGUCCUUAUCCAAGAAGACUAGAACGUCUAACCAUUGUAGAUGUCACAACAAAGGCUUCACAUUCUCCUCAGUUGAUUUACAUUUUAAGACCCUGAGUAUAGGUUCAGCGGGGGUUUGAACCUGCAGCCUCCCAUUCGGCAGACCAGCGCUUAUCCAGUUGAGCUAACCAGGCAGCAGACUCAUUUCCUCUUCCUGUUAUACCCAGUGAAAAGGCAUGUCUCUGGUAGCACUUUGAAAGAUUUGUUUAUCAUUUUGCUAGGCUACUUACAACAUGACCUGGCAAGGUUAUUUAAACCCAAAUAAUUUUUUGUUCAAUGGUGCUUAACAGAUAAUUUAAAAUGCCUGUAAGUGCUUCCCUUAAGCUGUUGAUUUCUGAAUCUGCAGGAAAUGGAUGAAACCAAUCAAAGGAUCCUUGCUGGUAUUGUGUUAUCAGUCAGCAAAAAGUUAGCUCAGCAACAAACAGAGUUGUUUACCUUGGCAACAUCUUUUGGUGCUGAUUAUCGUUGGCUUUAUGAUGAGUCAUGCACUCAUCUUGUUCACCAGGUGACAUCAUUGUUUGUCAAGUUGUGAUAAGUUCAAGGUUUUAGAAUUAUCAAGUGUUAGAAUUAUUUUCAAAACUUAUAUAGAUGAGAUUUGCAACAUUAAGGGUAUAUUUUCUGGCUAACUGGAUGUAACAAAGCAGCCUUUUUUGUUUUUUGCCCAUGUGCAUAAGCCAAAAUGUUUUGUUUUUAUUUCUGUGUAACUCUGUCAUGAUUGGUCAGAAUUUCCAAAAUGAGGUAUUGGUGGAAAUAUCUAUCCUUGCUGAUGCUGCUGCUUUUCAACUUAGUAGCUCAAACUGAAAGCUAGGGGCCCAGAAAGGAAAAUAUGCAUGGUUUUCUGUGGAACCAAAGCAGUCAUCAAAGUGUUAAUUUGCAUCUUUAUUUCAGGGCUCAGCCAGUGACAAAACAAAGGAAUACACCCAAGCCAAGGAUCGAGGGAUUUUCAUUGUGUCUCCACAUUGGCUCUAUGCCUGUCAGGAGAAGAAUGAAAGAGUGGAUGAGAGCAUGUAUCCACACACCUUUAAUCCUAAACUUAGUCUUCCUGUGCUUACUACGGGUAGAAGAAUGACCAGAUCCUCCAAAGCUGUGAGUAUGUUACGGCUCAGUUUCAUGUUUGCUUGACUGUUUCACAUUCUUAUCUAUUUAAAACAGGCUUCGGGAUUUUGAUGUUCCUCCCCUUCCCCCCUCCUCAAAGUUGAUUAUGAUGUGACUAGUAAAAAAGUUCUAUUUUGGAAGUCUGUUGUCAAGGUCCUUUGGUGUAACCACAGCAUGCAAUGAAAGUCGUGUCCAGGACUAGUGGAUUUUGCAAUCAGGCUAGUGAAUCCUGUUCUCAACUUGCCCAAAGGGCAAGUGAAGUUUUUUGGGAAGUUCAAAUUACAGAAGAACUGGAAUCAAUGCUGCUCAUCAAAAAUUUUUUUGGGGCUACUUAAAAGACUCUUUGGCUAGUACAUACUAGCAACGACUUGCCCAAAUGGCACGCCGUAAAACCGACUUUCUUUGCGCCCUGAACCAUUUAACUGAAACCUUUUUUGGAGUUCUGGCUUGUAAUAUCAUUUGUUUUCCAGUAUUUUGCAAAAUAAAAUUGAUGUUUUCUUGAGGGGUAUGGGUUUCAGUUGUCUGCAACACGAACCUAGCGUUUGCCCUCUAAUGCUUAUCUUUACACAUAUCUUAAAGUGGCAUUGAAGUUGAGCUUAAAUUGUCUUUGUUGUAAACUCUAGUCAACAGUGGAACAAGAAAUGUCACCUCAAAAGAAAGGAAACUCAGCCAUAACUGACAAGUGUGAUCCAAGUGACUCAGAACAACCAAGUAAGACAAGUGAAAAUAUGGCAGAGAAUGAACAGAAUAAAGACAUAGCAGUUGGGGAACUAGGCGUGGCAGAGAGUACCACAGAAGAGGUGCAAUGUGAUCCUCAAAUGGGUGCUGGCACUUUGGAAUCACUGGAAGCACAAGAAGACUUUAAGAGACAGCUUGAAGCUAUCAUGGGUGCUACUAAGGUAUACUUACCAUGAGGAAAAUGUUAUUAACAUGUCAAUACAUCUUUACUUGGAUGUUUAUUUGUUUAGGCAGCCACUACGGUCAAACUUGUAUUAAGUGGUUACCCUUGGGGAAUAGAUCAAGACUUUUAGAUGCAUGGACGAGAACGACUACGAGUACAUGUUUGCUUCACUAGUUUGACUGUAACAGUUUAACCCAUUAUUGGCCAUUGGUCAUUUAAGACCAUUAUUGGAUUUAAAGGUUAAUCUUGUGUUUUGUACAUUACUGUGAAUUUAACUGAAACUGCUUCUCUACUCAAACAAGUAAUACUUCUUUCAAGGGAAAAGGGAGAAGAAGAAGCCGACGCAAUACGUCAUCAACUAACUCGAGCCUUGCCUCCCACAAUGCUUCAGGAAGUGGUGCAGCAGCUAACAUGUCACUAGCAACAAGGCGGACAUCAUCACGGCUUAGGCUCCGUUCUAAGGUAUUUGUCCUUUCAAUUUCUUUCUUGGUCUUCUUUUUUUUUGUAUUUUUAGUUUGCUAGAACAUUUUUCUGUUUGCCCUGUUAACUGGUGCAAAACCCAACAGAUCUUGAAGUAACUGUCAAUCUCCUGUCUACAGAUAUUAAUAUCAAAAAUCGUUUGCUGUAGUUUUUUAGCUCUUAUGUUUCUACAUGUACGAUACAAGAUAUGUUCUGUUGUUAUUUUAUACUAUCUGACACCUAGAGAGACGUAUAUGAAACAGAAAGCUGUGUUGGAAGGGUGACAACGGGCAGAAAUUGAUAGUGAUGCAUGUAGAUUUUACGAUGAAACAUUUCUUUCUACGUGUACGUGAUCCUCAGUAAGUUUUUUUUUCUUGUUAGAAAAUGCUCUACUCAUUGAUAUUUAUUCAUCUUUGUUUAGGCUGCUGAUGUUGACAGUAACAAAUCAUCAUCAAGAAUCAAAUCCAGUUUUAUGGCGGUGACAGAUGAAAGUGAGCACUCUCAAAGUGAUACAAUAACUUAUGAUGAUCCGGCCGGUAGGAUGGAGCGAGAAAAGAUCAUGGCACAGCUCAAAAGGGGUUGUAGUCCAAGUCCUGAUCUCACAGCAGAAGAGGAUGAGGAGAUUAACACAACAAACAAGGUAGGUAUUCCUCGAGAAGCGUGGCCGAGCGAGAUUUGUUAAUUUCUCGCACGCUUAGCGCGUGGAACGGGCGUCGAUCGUAGCGGCCUGCAAACUCUUGUGGACCAUUCUCUAUUUUCCAAUUCCCCAUAAUACACUCUGUUUGCCCCCCAAAUUUUGCAUAAACCAUUGUUUUUAAAUGCUCCUGGGAGUAUUGCAUUUUCCCAAGGGCAUUUUAAGACAAUAAGUUAUGCAAAAUUUGGGGGGCAGACAGAGUGUAUUAGGGGGAAUUGGAAAAUAGUCAAUGUAAAUUAUACAAGUCUAUGCAGAAACAGGUUCUGAUCCAUGUAUAUAUCUCUUGGUAUCCGCAAUGACGUCAUCAAACGACCAACUUGAUCGGAUGGUUUGACUGUCUUUACGCCUCUUUUGGUGAUCAAGAAAUACUUUUGGCGAUAAAUUUCGACGGCAGGAGUAUUUUACAGAGACCAUUGAAGGAAUGUGUACCAGUGGCUUCAAAAUAAGAGCAAAAAUCGAGAUAAACGAACAUUUGUCAGUGCGUCUCACUUCGCAGACAAUUUUGCUUAAGUCGCGGGUUAUGCCUGUUGGAAGUGGGUUCCAGUUCGGCUUUCUACCGUCACAAUGUUGCUUUCUCUUGAGAUUUACCAUUCAAUUCAUGUUACACCGAGCAAACCUACAGUGAGCUUGGUUCUUUUCCCGCCAUUGGAUCACACACUGGUUUCAGCUUCCGUAAAUCAGACGGUCGUUGAAGCGGAAUCCAGUGGUUUCACCCCGUAGUGAGUUCGCCCCCAACUAGUUCGCCGCGUAAGAAAUUGAGUUCAAUUCAUAGUAGCUCAUAGUGAAUUAGCCUUGUAAAGAGUUAGCCCCAUAACAUGUUCAGAAUUAACACCACGAUCCAUCAACCAUUUCGAGUUUCCAUCCGGCGACCGAAAGAAUGCUAAAAUGCUUCAAAUAGAAUCAAAUAGGAUAAUGAAACAAACAAACAAGAAAAAAAGACAAUAGACAAAGAAUUAGGAGUCCACACGAGGGUUUGCGAGAUCCGCACUUCCAGUAUUAUCAAUUAGACUCUAUGGGUAUUUCCGAUGAAAUAGAAGUCGCGACGAUCGCUAUCGAUGAAACGACGAUCUUGAUUAAAUCAGCAAUCGCAUAGUCAUUCCGAUCAAGUUUGACAGUGUUGUAAGUAGUGCGAUGAUGGGAAACUAAAAAAAAAAAAUUGCAACCAUGAAACUGUGCUGCAAGUUCAGAGUUUUUUUGUUUUGCUUAUUAAACCUUUAUAUAUAUAUUUUUUGUUUUGUUUUGUUUUCUCGUUUUUUCGUCAUUGAGGUCGUGGUUGCUGGAAAUCGCCAGUAGCGUUACAACGGAACACAAUUCUUAAUAUGCGACAAUUUCGUUGAAAAACAGACGAAUUGAUGGAAAAUGCGCGAGGUAAACGACGUCCGCAGGUACCAUAGAGAGGCUCAUUAAUCAGUGCUCGUACCAGGACUGUUACAUGGGAAGCAUCAGGGCCCCAUCUCCUGAAAAAUAGACGAAGCUAGAAAUACCGUGUAUGUCAACGAAAACCACGUACAACGAAUAACAAGAGCCCAUACUUCAAAUGGUCUUGUUAGAGUUGUUUUGUGGUCCACGAAGAUGGCGACAUGCCACUAUGACACUCUGUACGCGAGUGACCAAGAAGGUUGAAAGAUGUUUCAGAUACAGAUGGUUGGCUUUUUGCGCGGGUCACUAUAUAAGAUUUGAUCGAAACUCGGAAAAGCGCAUGACAUCUCUCCGGCCCCUAGGGUAUCAAGAAGGAAGGAGCUAGCCCAUUAAAUUUUAAUGAUAUAUCUUUCAUGUCUGUAUGUUAUGCUUUCUUUUAGAAUGAGAAAACAACCAACUCAAAAGAUUCGUUAGUCACAGGAAUGACAGUCUCGUGCAACAACAUCACUAAUGAACAACGAAUAAGACAGCUGAACACAACCAUCAGAUCUGAGCCGCCAUCGCCCGUGUCCAGUUCAACCCCUGCUGCCCCGCCCAUCGGCCUCCAAAUCAAGGACGCACAGAAACCUCAACCUAUUAACCUUCUGGAUGGAACAACCUUGGAUCAGACAGAAACACGUGCUUCAUCCCCGCCCAAGUUUCAGCUGUCAGUCAUGACACCUCAAGAGAAGAUUGAUUACUCAGCACUGAUCGAGCAACUUGGAGGCCAAGUAUUUGACACUGUUUACUUCAAUCCUGAUUGCACUCAUGUUGUAGUCGGUAAACCAAAUAGGUAAGUAGAGGAAAGCAAAUGAAGAGUGAAAAAAUAAUUACAUGUAUUAGGGAGAGUAAACGAAGACGUUUUUGAGCGACACACGUCAACCGAAAGUGGACUUUUUGCAUUCUUCGGAACUGAUUUUGGCCAAAUUUUCGACCAGAUCGUCUCUAUAAGAGUGAAGACACUUAGCAAUAUAAAUUUGGUAACACCAAGGCAUAUUAAAAGGGAAAAGGCCUGACUACCUGUUGAGGUGCAUCGCUCAAAAAUGCCUUUUCCCUAAAAACCUUUUAACCUUUUAUAUUUUAACUUUUCUCUUAUUAAAAUUCCUCAGUCAAAAUUAAAGACGGAUUUGUGGAAAAUACUGAAAACGAAUGCUACAACGUGAAAUACCGUAAAAUUCCGAAAAUAAGCCCCGGGGCUUAUAUUUUUCAAAGGCCCUUUCUGAGGGGCUUAUUUUUGGAAGGGCUUAUAUUCGGAGGGACUUAUCUACGGAGGGAAAUUUGCGUUUCCAAAUCGAUUGGACUAGCUUUAUAGUUGGAAGUAAAUUCACCGUUUUUGCUUUGUUUUACUUUGUAUUUGAGGGCAAUUUUCCAAGUACAAGCCCCCGGGGGGGCUUAUAUUUGGAGGGGCGAUUUAACGGAGGGUUUUUUGCGUUACCGGAUUGGGGGGCUUAUACAUGGAGGGGCUUAUUUUCGGAAUUUUACGGUAACUCUCCAAAGGGUUUUAUUUAAGAUGUUACAAGCUGAAGAGUUCAUCCUCAGAAUUAAAAGUUAGAACUGGAUAAUUUCUAUGCAAUUAUAUUUUACCCAAUAGAUUAGAGUUCUUUUUAAAAAUACCAAAAUCUCUGUUUACAAUAAGUAAUUUGUCACCAGACAGUAUAUCAUGGUCAAGGGCUCGCACAGUCUUGAAAAGUCCUUGAAAUUUCUUCUACUCUGAAUGUAGUUUCUUCUACUCUGAAUGUAGUGGCCUUGAAAGUGUUUCUUUUUGUGCUUUUUGCGUUGGUUGUCCAAGGCAGAAUAUAAAUCAAUGCUCAGAGAAUUAAGUUAAAGGUGAUUUUCAUAAGAGUUUUUUGUUUUAUGCAAUAAUUAACUAUCAAUGAAAAAAAACGUUGGUGGAGCAUACAGUUCAAGCCUUAAGUCCUGUUCAAAUGGCCCGGGAAUGUGCAUUUUUGUGCAAGCCAAUCUGUGAAAUUACAUUCCUGAUAGGUGGUCCUUGAAAAUUCCUUGGAAAGUCCCUAAAAAAUAGUUGCAAUUAUUUGUAUGAACCCUGGACUCACAGUAGCCUACCAACACCCUUUUAAACAUGUUUUUGCUUGGUUUAAAGAAAUGAAAAGUACCUGGCUGCGGUGGCUGCUGGAAAGUGGGUGCUUCAUAAAUCGUACUUGGAAGCCAGCAGGGAGGAAGGCUUCUUUGUUGACGAAGCUGGCCAUGAAUGGGGCGAAGAAAUACCUGGAGAACCCUUCAAUAAACUUGCAGCAGCCGCUCAACGCUGGAGGAUUCGGCUUCGACAAGAACGAGCGGUAAGAAACAGUGAUUUUUAUUUUAGAGGGUGACAGAGCUGCAUGUGACAGCAGCCUUUUCGGCGUUCAGAUGGUGUGGUGCAAAGUCAAAGAGUUGGAAAAAAUGAUAAGGAGGAGUGAGAGAGAGGAGGGCACCUUCGCAUCUCUUUGCACCGUCCACCACAAUCCGAACAACUGGAACAGGCAACAAUAAAAGUCAUUGAUUGGACAAUGACCUACUGGAAUUGAAUCUUAACUGUGGUCUGGUAUUAAGUUUGACAAUGCCAUUAUCCAACCCUGAGCGCUUGUGAAUGGUGGUACCGUCUCCGUUGUUCACAUAUAUGGUUUUAAUAUAUCCACAACUUCAAAGUAAGUCAUUUUGAGUAUAUGUCUCUAAUCAGUCUACCAGUGAACUACGUUUGUACCAGGCACAAAUUUCGGGUAACGCGUCCUUGAUUGACGGACCCAACUUUUGUUCUGUCCGACGAAAAUGGUGGCUAAGUCAGACAUAUUUCCCUUGAUGAAAGAAUAAUUGUUUUGCAACCCUGGGAGAUAGGUGACAAUGCAGAUCCAUCUCCACCAAAAUACUUUCGGAGACGAAGAAUUUGGUAAAUUAUUUAGAUUCUCUUUUUCUCGUCCUGUAUGUAGGCAUCCUCGGUGGCUGGCCAAGGCACUUAUUCCUGUGGUGCUUUUAGUGGUUGGGUGGUACUCCUGUGCGUGGACAAGUCUCGUCAACCAGGAUUUAAACGUUUGUUAGAAGCCGGAGGAGCUAAAGUAACAGGAAGUAGGCCACCGUUCAAAAACACUCAGGACUUUUCUCACGCAUUUCUUGGUAAG